GAGCACGUCACGUGACGCGGAAGUGUUGCGAAUUCCACCGUAGUACAAUCUGGCUGCUGGGAAGGGACUCAGAGAACACCGGAAGUCAGAAGAGUGUUUAUGAGUUUUCAUUAUUCUCUCACUGGGUAAUAGGCAUUAUUAACUAGUACUAAACCUAGAUAUAAAGUAAUAGAGGGUGGUGGCAUACUGGUUAGCUUUAAUCACGGUUAGAGUAUCUUUCUCCUGUAAACUCGGUUUGUUGUGUAUAACAUUAUCCCUGCAGGUUCACAAUCAAUGCUCUCUGCUUCCCAUUAUUUUUUAGGGAUGGAGGGCCGAACCACUUAUGAUGAGUAUCCGUACCCCGUCGUAUUUCUGCCACCUUACGAGAAUCCCCCGGCUUGGAUCCCUCUGAAGGAGGUAAUUAAAUGUGACAGCACACUCAGGGGUUUAUUGGGAGAGAUAUAUUGUGCUUUAUCUGGAACAUUUGCACCUUGUGCAAUUAAUUAAAAUAUACAACAUUCCACUGGUAAUAUAUAAGAGAGUGAUUGGGGAGGGGGGUUGCACAAUUUUUGUAUGAGAUUUUUUUAUUUUUUUUUAUAAAGUGGGAUGGUCAGGCACCCUAAUGUAUCAAAUGUAUUCAUUGAGUAAAAUAUUAAAAUUCACCAUAAUUGGUUAACUCUGAUUUUAUCUACAGCGUAUGUAUCACUCAGAUUAUAACAAUCAGUUGACACAUUUCCUUCCACGAACUAUACUCCUGAAGAAGCCACCUGGAGCACAGGUCAGGAUUAAUGAUUUAUGUGGCGAAUUUUAAAAAUAUCUUUAAGUUUUUUUUUUUUAUUAAAAAAAAAAAAAAUAAUAAUUUACUAUUCAACAUACUUUUUUAAUUUCCACAGCUAGGAUUUAACAUCCGUGGUGGAAAAGCUUCACAACUUGGGAUCUUUAUCUCAAAGGUACGUUUUUGUUUUUUUGCAAGGCUCCUCUAUGUACAUAUAGAAUCAAAGUUACAAGUAAAAUGUGCAUUUAGCGGAACAUUGCUUUAGAUUUAAUGUGUUGUGCAAGUUAUGGAAUGGAGAUGUUAAGCAUACUUUAAUGCUAUUGGGUUGUGUUUCUUUCCUAUUGGAGGUGCGAGGAAGCACUAACCUAUGGGUUUGCUGUAAUGAAUAUGGUGCCAGGGGUGCCUUUGUACCCCCGCGAUGUAAGUAGAGUUGAACCAUAUGCCAACAGUUUAACAAAUUACCCAGGGACCACCAGGCAUUUGUCACUUUCCUCACUGAGAGGUGGAAAUGCUUGCAAGGAGCCUCCAUCGGCUCUCCUGAGAAACUGUUCGGGGCCAGCAUAUUCUAAGUUAAUAAACUAAGACUUGUACUGCCAUAUUUUGACUCAUUGAGAAGGUGAUAUGUACCUGGCCCUGCUGGCAGAUACCAAGUAAGUUAUCAAAACGUUUGCAAAUGGUAUCAACCUCUGCAAGGUGAAAGGCUUAUUUGACUUUUCUGGAACUAGAGCCAUACUACAUUAUCAUUAGGUUUAUAUAUUGCUGUAUAAUUUAUACUUCUGUUUCAAUGUUACUCCAGUUUUGGGUGUAUUAGGUUACAUAAUAUGGAGAAACAGCUGGGAUUUUCUUGAGAAUUGUGAUCUGCUAAUUCUGGCAUUACAUUAUGUGUUUAGGUAAUCCCAGACUCUGAUGCUCAUCGUGCUGGACUUCAAGAAGGAGAUCAGGUGCUGACUGUCAACAAUGUGGAUUUUCAAGAUAUCGAGCAUAGCAAGGUAUAUGGCCAAACUAAAGUCAGAUUUGUUACAAAAAAAUAAUAAUUUUCAUCUUAAGACAGCUGUCCAUAUGGUGCGAUAAUGUUUUGGAUAUUGGCAAGGUCACCUGCAAGUGCUCCGUGACCUCACACAUGCUUAGAAAAUUGUGGUAACCUUAAUUACAUACCAAAAACAGAAUGCAGGAGACAGUAACUCAAACAAAAUUGAUAUAAAGCAAUACGGAAUAAUGUUUUCUGGGUGCCUGAUUCACAGCCCUGCUGGACUGUCUGAUAGCAGAGAAGCAGCUAUUUUUACAAAAUAUUUCAGCUAUAAGGCACUCUCAGAAAUGAGAGUGGACUUAGGGGGCUCUAAGCAUCAAGCACUUUACAGUAAAGAAAUUGGUUAUAAUGCUUAGACUGACCCUCUAACUUCUGUUCCAUAAAACAAAUGAAACAUACGCUGCAUCUAUAAAGUAUAUUCUUCCACUUGAAAAAGCUCAACUUCCCCAUAUGAAGAUGCAAUACUAGUCAUUUUUCUUGAUAUCUGACUUUUGUAAGCUGGAUAAUUAAUUUUACUACAGUUAGCUAAAGUUUCAUUCCCUUUUUCUAAUGUUUGACAUCAGAAUUUAAUAUUUAUGUGUAUUUGUUUUAGGCUGUGGAGAUUUUGAAAACUGCACGUGAAAUCUUCAUGCAAGUUCGUUUUUUUCCAUACAGUAAGUAAUUACAGUGCAAAUACUGGCAUUUGGAGAAGAAUAAAGAUUUUCUUUCCUCGCUAUAAACAAUGGCAGCAUUAACAGAUGGGUAGCACCCCCAUCAGCUGUUUUAUCCAUUAAAUUAACUCCCCCUUUUUCUGUAUUCCCUAAUACUGUAUGAAGCUCUAGUCAGAAAACUGGGUGGGAAUCUACUGCAAGUAUAGAUAAUAGCCAGCAAAUGAACAUUAUGAUAAGUAUUCCUGGUUAACCAUGACAGCAUUAAUAUAUGGAUAAAGCCUAUCAAUGAAGAAAAAGGAAAUAGAUAGAGAUAGAUAUAUAUAUCUAACACACCACCUCUUUUCCAGGUAGGAUUUUGUCACAGAUCUUGUAACCACAGCCUUCUAGAGUAAUGAAAGUCCAGGACACAUCCAGCUCAGUUUUUCAGAUUUAUUUGGUGAAAUAUAAAUACAGGUGUUUCAAAAAUGAAAAAACAAAACAAAAUUCCUUGCUCUAGCACUUACUGUACACAGCAAAUCCCUAUCUGGAAUUGGGUGGCUUUCCCACUUGCCAAUUUACAAAAAGUAUAAUUGCAAGACACCAUUCCUCUGGCUUUUCCUCCUCACCCUGCAGCAUGCUGAUCCCUUCUUUUUAAAUGCCUGCUAGCUAAUUGAUCAGAUACAGGUGAGGUGCAAUUAGACAUAGGUGAAACUACUAAGCAAAAUAAAAGUUCUGGUCCGACUGUUACUUAGCAGCUGGUGCUAUUGGAGCACUGGCCCACCCUGCUCUCCAAGUGCUCCGCCCCAGGGACCCAUACCGUGGUUUGCAGAGUACCAGUAAUGCAUCUUGCAAACCGAACAUCUCUCCCUGGGACAUUUAACGCUCAAACCUCAGGCUGCUGUUCAGUAAAUCAGGCCUAAUGUAUAUGCCAUCAACUACCAAACCACAUUUUCUCUCACAAUAGGAAGACUGACAGCUAAGCUUUGUGCCUAUACUGGUUUUGCAAGGAUGAGGUAACAUGCAGUCAGUACUGGUGGAUGAAUGUAUUGAAGACUAAUUAGUAGCUCUGCACAUGCUCUCAGAGGAAAAUGCUUAUUCACUGCAGUGCAUGACGUAAAAUACUGAACCAGUGAGCCCUACUUUGAGCUGGCACCCGGAAAUUCUGACCUUAAAGCGGCACUGUCAUACCGAACUUACUUUUUUUUUUUUUUUUAAACUGAUUCCUCUUCUCUCCCUCUGUCUGGAUUUGUUCUUCAUUUCUUCCUGUCUGCUCUAGUUUUCUUUAAACCAUAAGACAAAGUAGAGACUAUGGAGGUUUCCUACGCCUGACCAGCGGAGGAGCAAAGUGUGCUUCGUUUCCAGUGAUCAAAGCAAUUUUCCCACAAUUCUCACCUUUCCUCCGUGAUCUUACAAUGCUUCUUGUCAGUAUUCCUGAACGUCCGGUUACUUAGACACAAUGCCGGCGAGCAGGGGCAUGUAAACAGACUCUGCAAUUGGUAGACACUGCACAUUUACAGCUGAGCACUCUCAACCAAUCAGUGUCUUCCUGCUCUGAAUUGAAUGGAUUCCUCUUUAAUACUGCUGACAAGGAAGUACUCUAAUAUCACUUCCUUCCAGCUCUAGCCAGCACUGCCCGGCACAAUCACAGCUAGCUAGCAAGCUGGGGAGGAGGGAAAUGGAAAAAUGUUGCCUGCCCUCCUCCAAAUGCUGAUUGUUUCCUGGUUCCACUGGGACACCCAUCAGAAAAGCUAUGGGGGAAUACAAGCUGAUCUCCCCAGGCAGCCUAUUUGUAAUCUUGGUUGCUUACCCCUACCAUGAAGAAAAAAAAAAAUCUGUGUUCUCCAAGUUAAACGUAAGUACAGACAGCUAUUUUGGUGAACUUUGAGAAGAAAGGGGAAGACACAAGAAUGGCAGGGAAUGCCUACUCCACAGCAACAGAUUGCAAAGCAGAAAAUGUUGCUUAUUAGAUCCACUUAUUAGAUCCACUAAUGAGAAGUUGGCACAAUGCGUCCGGGGAAAUAGGCUUAACUCCACCAGAAAACAUCAAACAAGAAACUGACUGGGUGAUUUAAAAACAAAACCAUGUUUUUUUCUGUAAAACAAAUACUUAUCCUAAAGCUAAAAGAACAGAGAAAAAAGACUGGGAUACAGGAAAGGUGAUCUAAUUUCCUAAAGUGCUACCCAUUUUAAUAUGCUAUGGUUGCCCAGGAAAUAUUUCAUAUUUAGAUUAAAAUAUGCCAUUCAUAUUGAUGGUGCUUGCAAUAACUGCCUUAAUAUGUUUGUGUUUGCUUUACAGAUUAUCAACGUCAGAAGGAGAGGACUGUUCACUAGGCACAGCAAAAGCCCUACUUGCGUACUUUGCUUCCGUCCAUAUUUAUUAGGUUAUUAAGGGGUUACUUUGGUGGUUUGGGAAAUAUCUCUGUGUACUACACUACAAAAGGGACGUUAACAUUUUUCUGUCAGCCAGCAUUACUUUUACAAUUCAUGUCAGUGGUAAUCGGAGAGCUUUUAUUUUUAAAAAUUCCAUGUCUGAAUAACUGUCAUAUUAAGCACAUUACUGCAAAAGGAGGGUAUAAAAAAAUUACAUUAUUGUCUCUUCAGUAAUUACGUGGGCUCUUGUCGCACCAUACAUUAGUACAUUCUUUAUUGUACAUGGAGACUAUGGGUGUUUAUUUGGGGGUGGGGGAAUUGCCAACUGUUUGAGUUCAAACGGUUUGACAAAAAAAUAAAAAUAAAAAGCAGGGUUGAGAAAACCAUAGAUUUCUUGCACAACAACCACGGUGAUGGGCUGUAGUGGGUAUGUUGCAUGGAGUGCCCCUUUAAAAAAAAAAAAAAACUACACGCGUGCUCUUGUACAGAGACUGUACAGAGACAUUCCAGCAAACUCUAAUUCCAUUAUGUGCAGGCUUACUACUUUUUAAAAAAAUAUUUUCUAGUUCAAUGCAAAAUAAAGUGUAUUCUUUCUUUACAAAAGUGUCAAUGUUAAUGCUGUGAUUUGAAAUCCGAUGUGUAGAGUGGCACCAAUGAAAUAUAGUGGUGCUAAUUAGUCAGUGAGUUGUGCUGUAUGAAGAUGGAGUUUUUUUUGGAUCCACAAUCUUGUAGGUGGAAGGGGAAAUUAUUUCUCAUCAGCAGUGCUUAAUUGCAUAAACUAUAUAGAGGAUUAUUUACUAAAGUCUGAAUUGCCCAGUAGCAAAUGGGGCCAUUUGGCCAUUGUUCAUAGUAUUUAACAAUAUCCAGAUUUUGCAGUCCUAGCUACAAACGAAGCAGAAAUGUGUCCGUAUUUCAGUGACACUGAAUGAUUUGACCACUGGCAACACCACCAGGCAAAAAGUUAAUAAAAAAAAACACCUGCAAAAAAAGCCUAUGAGGUCAGUAUGAUCCGCAUCUAACCUAUAAUAACACCUGUGUGCUCCAUAUGCAUAUCUACACAGCAAUGAGUAGCUAACUCAUGGUUAAAUACCUUUCCUACCUUGAGCUGUAUGGGCAAAGGUUGGAUUCAUUUUUCUGAUAUCAGGUUUUACAUGUUUUUUUGCUGUUUGGGUGUUUUUUUUUUCUUUUUCAGAUUUAAAUUUUUUUUUUAAAUGAACUUAGUAGCCCCCAUACACGGGUCAUGGGUGGGAGCUGAGGAAACAUUUAGUGUUCCCUCCUGGUUUAUAUUAUAGAGCACCAUUUGGUGCCCAUGGGAGGGGAUGGUGAAGACUUAACCAUGUUUACCUCACCAGCCAUUGGUGGGCAAAGGGGGGGGGGACAAUUGGAUGUGCCACCCCCCACCCCUUUUAUUGAUAAAUUGCCUCCACCAACUAUCUAUGGGUGAAGGGACACUGGUAGCAAUCUAAAAUAAUCAUAUCAAAAAUAAUUUAUUUUUAAUAUAAUAUAACAAUUCUUUUUCUAGCCCUUCCUCUCCUUUACCCUCACCCCAGAACAGAGAUUUGGGCACUUUACCACUUCUCAACUUUUCCACUUACACCUUUGUUUUGUUUCUUAGCUUCCCUUUCGCUUUAUUCUUUCUUCUCUGUGUACAUAGUUUAUCUUGUUAAACUCCCCUAAAUUACUGCCCUUUCCCUUCCCACUCAUACUUUAAAUGGCAUAGGAAAAACUGUGACCCUGAGUAUUCAUACGACUUACUUAUUUAUCUUUAGUGCACAUUACUUAUUUCCUUUACAUCAUCAAGAUCACAUGAUCAAACAUACUCACCUCCUACUAUCUCCUUCAAUUAUUUGCUCUGGUUAUACAUAUAUGCUCAGAAGUGUCUUAAGGAACCUAAUUUGUUCUGUUCAAUGCUCGGGUCACAUGCCAUUGAGAGGAGGUAAUACAUUUGUAAUCUCUGCAGACAGUUCUUGAGUGAUUAUAUUGUUGGUGAAUCUCCAAGUAACUGUUAGAUCAGAAUUAUAUAUACACAAUUUUUAAGCUAUUCCUUUUCUUUAUAAAAGUAAAAUAUUAACUAAUAGUGCAAGGAUAAUACAAUCUGAUUUUGAAACUCUGUUCAAUUUAAAAAACAAAACCAAAAAAAAAACCCAUCAGCUUUAAACUUCAAUUAGGUUUAUUAUGUAAAUUGUGACAUGUCCGAAAUGGACGAGGGAAUUUUAUAUUUUAGACCAAAAUAGUGGCAACUGAAGUAGCUGUGCAGAGCUGAUAUUUGCUGGACCCAAGACUCUGAUGUUAUGACGCCCACAGUGUCCCUUUAAUUAUAAAACUCCAGAUCUCGGGAGCGGAGCCUGACCUUCAAGCCAGCUAGAUACAUGUCAGAGGCUCCCACAACUCUUGCCGGUAUACUGUGAAUAUUCCUGGACUUCAAGCCGCCACAAAGGCCACAGUGCACUACUCAUGUCAGGAGUGCCCUGCCAAAUCAAAUGAGCACUCACUUGAAUUUCCAAACAACCGGGAUCUCUGGGUACAGUGCUGCGAGCUUACGAGCAUUGAAGAUGGGGAGUGGUGGCUGCUCUCUUGCUAGCUGUGUGAUAUCUUUAACCCCCCCAGACCGGUGGGGGAUAUCCCAGUCCCCACUUGACUGUCGCAUAUAACUAAAGAAGUCUCUCAAUCCUGCGGUCUGUGGCACAUAACUUGUGACAGGCACUCAAGAUGGUGGCCGCCUCCUCACUUGAAACGUAGGGCCUGCAUUUGUCCCAUGGGCCUCAUCGGAACUCCUUGGAUCGCAUCUUGCUGAAACUAGAUGAGGUGCUGCAAGAGUUCUGGCUGAAGCUUCAAAAUCGUGCACAAGCCAUUCCAUAUCAGUGGCUGGAAGGAACUGUGGAAAGCAAGACAGAGGAAGAGAGUGGAGCCUCUAUGGAUGCCUGUACCGGGAAGGGACAUACCCUUUUGUCCGCAUGCCUAAGCCGAGAGGCUCCUGAGGUACUGCCCCAAUGUAUCAACCACACAGACGGAGGAUCACCCGCCGCAAACCGCAUUCCUCACUUCGAUCCUCUACUUGUCCAAGAAAGGGGAGGGACCCAGACCCGGGUAACAUCCAGGCACAUGCUCCUGUGCUGCUGAAUUCCACACAGGCCUGGGACUGAUGAAGAGCCCUGACCAGCUAUGCUUUCUUGGGUUUACCCAUGGAACUCCCUCAAAUCGUGACACUUCUACAUUACCUCCAUGUCCAUGAAGGUUCCAGUUACCGCCCAGCAAUGAGAAUCGGGUGAUAGUAACUCUUGUUAGCUCUGGGCCCACUGUUAUUAUUUUCGCCAUGCUGUGUUAUUUUAUGUUAGUUCCUUCAUACGAGGCAUUAUUGCUAGGAUGCCCAGUCACAGUGGAAUUUUUAUUUUAGGCUUUCGUAUUGGUGGACACUGGCUGAGAAGCCUUACUACUAAGCUAGAUAUGUUUUAUACCAAUGCCUUUCAUGUAAUCAAUACUCCAUAAGAUAAGUCUGCCACAGCUAUGAUUCUGUCUACCUACUAGACUAACUUGCUAGACACUUAUUUUAUAUAUUUGAAUUUAUUUUGUUUCUUUGCAUAACUCAUCUAGUUAUACUUAGUUUUAGCAUGUUUACUUGACUAAAAAUUGUGCUGUUAUCAAAUCCCAUGAUAUUGUUCACUCUGUAUUUUUUCAUUAGCUUGUACCUGCUGUUGUGGCAACACAAGCUUGUUUGUAACUCUAAGCACUGCAAAAAUAAAGAAUGGGAAAAAAAAAAA